AGUAGGUGGUACAUCAUACAUGCACUAUAAAAACAACACAGAGUAAGGUAAUGUGGAGGGAGAGGAGAUCUAGCUAGCGAGCGCCAAUAAAAGGAAGAUAUAUAUAGAGAAAAGGAGAUCGAGGGGAAGCAUUAAUGGAGAAUGAGAAGAGCAAGAUCCUGAUAUUUGGGGGAACUGGGUACAUAGGGAACCACCUGGCCAGGGCAAGCUGCUUGUUGGGUCAUCCAACUUAUGUCUAUGCUCGUCCUCUCACCCCACAAACCACUCCAUCCAAACUGGAGCUCCACAAGGAGUUGCACUCCAUGGGCACUACCUUUGUCCUGGGAGAACUGGAGGAGCAUGAGAAGAUUGUGUCGGCACUUCGAGAGGUGGACAUAGUUAUCUCUGCACUGGCAUACCCUCAAGUUCUUGACCAACUCAAAAUCAUAGAUGCCAUCAAAGUUGCUGGUAAUAUCAAGAGGUUCCUUCCAUCAGAAUAUGGGUCUGAAGAGGACAGGAUAACUCCUCUACCCCCUUUCGAAGCAUUCCUAGAUAAAAAGAGAAAGAUCAGGAGGGUCGUUGAAGCAGCUGGGAUUCCUUACACUUUCGUGUCUGCAAAUUGCUGUGCUUCAUACUUUGUUAAUUACUUGCUUCAUCCACAUGAGAAAGGAGACGACAAUAUUGUCGUCUAUGGAAGUGGUGAAGCAAAGGCGGUGCUAAAUUAUGAAGAGGAUAUCGCUACGUACACAAUCAAAGUGGCAAAUGACCCAAGAACAUGCAACCGUGUUGUCAUUUAUCGACCCCCAAAAAACAUCUUGUCACAACUGGAGCUGAUAUCGCUUUGGGAGAAGAAGACCGGUCGAAGUUUCAAUAAGGUUUAUAUCUCGGAGGAAGAAAUAGUGAAGCUUUCUGAGACCCUACCACCUCCAAAGGACAUACCAGUGUCUAUCCUUCACAGCGUAUUUAUUAAAGGCCAGACAGUAUUUGAACUGAGGGAAGAUGACAUGGAGGCUUCAAGGCUAUAUCCGGAUCAUGAAUACACAACCAUCGAUCAACUUCUUGAUAUUUUUCUUGUUAAUCCCCCUAUGCCCGCAACUGCUGCGUUUGGAUGAUCGAGUUUGAAGAAAAUUAGCGAGAGAGAGAGAGAGAAUAAGUUCUUAGGGUUGUUCAUUGUUGAACACACAGAGAGAGAGAGAGAGAGAGAGAGAGAGAAUAAGUUCUUAGGGUUGUUCAUUGUUGAACACAGAGAGAGAGAGAGAAAGUUCUUGGGGUUGUUCAUUGUUGAACACAAAGAAUGGACUAUGUUCACUUUUAUUUCUCGUUUCUUAGUGGAAAUAUGAAGAUGUGUUAUAAUCUCUAAGGAAAAAUGCGAUCCAGUGGUCCUAAGGCUUCACUUUUUUUUUUUUUUUUUUAAUCAAGAAGAGGGAAGAAGUAGGAAAA